GGCCGGAUGUGACGCGGCAGGUCGUGUUUGGGGCAGUGUGUGUCCGUCAUGCUCCGGCUGGAUUCAAACGAUGAGGACGUGUCAUUAUUUGAUGCUGAAGAGGAUUCGGCCAGAAAUUCUCGAAAAUCAAAAAUCAAGCACCCCGUGGCCUCGUUCUUCCACCUGUUUUUCCGGGUGAGCGCGAUCCUGUUCUAUCUGAUUUGUGAGCUGCUCAGCAGCAGCUUCAUCGCCUGCAUGGUCACCAUCAUCCUCCUCCUGUCCUGUGACUUCUGGACGGUGAAGAACAUCACAGGCCGUCUGCUGGUGGGUCUGCGCUGGUGGAACCAGGUGGAUGAGGAUGGAAACAGCCGCUGGGUGUUUGAGUCCAGAAAGGGUCACGCACAGCAGCUCCCAGCGUCUCUCCCGUCUGAUUCCGAGGCGCGGAUCUUCUGGCUGGGGCUGAUCAUCUGCCCUGUGCUGUGGGUCAUCUUCACCUUCACCGCCCUCUUCUCCUUCAACAUCAAAUGGCUGGCGGUGGUGAUUAUGGGCGUGGUCCUACAGGGAGCUAACCUCUAUGGGUACGUUCGCUGUAAAGUGGGCACCAGGACUAAUCUGAAGAACAUGGCCACCAGCUACUUCGGAAAGCAGUUUCUCAAACAGGCUCUGAGCAAACAGGACGAGUCCUGAAGAGGAGCUGCUGAAAGUAUUCCAGCAUUUUUGCAAUAUUCCUCUAAUUUUAUAAAAAGUAUUUUGAGUUGUUGGACGUUUCUGAAGCUAACAGAAGCACAUUUACCGUCUCUGCUCCUCGCCGCAGAUGCUGGGCUGCAGUAUUUCAGACACUUUACCCCCAUUACGUUUCUUUGUUGUUUUUUUAGGAAAAAUAUUUGUGAGUCGACGUUUCUUUAAUUUAUCUACUCUCAGUACAUGCUCUCAGACUGUAUUAAGAUUUUUGACUUGUAUGUUCGUCUUGCUCUAGUGAAUUAUGAGGGAUUGUAGCGUGAAGCCUCUGUGAAAAGCCCAAACUCUGCGCAGGGAAUACAGGACGUAGAGCGGAGUCAUGUAGGGUUCUAGAAGAUCAACACUUUGCUCAUCCUUUUGUGUUUCCAUAGCAACAUCAUCAGUGAAUUUUGCCAGCAGUCAGACAGAUUCACCCUGAAGUUUUUGUACCCUAAGAGUAACUUUUUCAUCAGUGUUUUCCCAGAAUCACAGAAUUCCCUUCUGUGUUAUUCUCAUCCCCAUCUGCUGGCUGUAGUAGGUCACUGCAGAUAGACAUCUCACAGUGAGAUCCAGCCAGGCUGAAGCACAGCCUCUACACAGCGGAGUUAGUUUAACACACUCAUCCAGCUGAGACCCCCAAAGUAAACGGUCACUUUAUUGGGAGUUUUUUGGUAUUCACAAGAAACAUACUGUAGAUAUGUUUAAUAUGAGCCAGUUUGGUGUGGAAGAACUUGACUGGCCUGCACAGAGUCCUGACCUUAACCCCAUAGAACACCUUUGGGAUGAAUUAGAGCGGAGACUGUGAGCCAGGCCUUCUCGUCCAACAUCAGUGUC